GAUGAGCGGGUUUGGAUGUUUUACGAGCUCAGCGUUAAGUAAUGGCGGAUGUGUUCGUACGGUGCUCCGUCGAAAAAAUGAACUUUUCUACCCGUUUUGUAUGAGUGUGACAACAGAACCAGUGCAAAAAUGGAAGAUCAAAGCCUAGUGAAGCAAAACAUUCUCGUUCCAGAACUUUAUUUUCUGAUAUCCAAAUUCCUGGCCAAUGGACCACUGCGCGAGACGGCAAAGGUUCUGGUGCAGGAGUUGGAGCAUUUGGACAUCCUACCCCGGCGCCUAGACUGGACCGGACAGGAGCAUCGACAGUCGCUGGAUGAACUUGAAAGGAAAUAUCCACACGUUGGACCAGAGCAUUUGCUCGAAAUAUGCAGCCGUAUCGGACCGCUGUUGGACAAAGUGCUGCCCCCGGCCGUGUCCGGCGUUUCGUCCGUGCUCGGCGCCGGGCGGCAGAGCCUGCUGCGCACGAAGGAAAGCGUAACCAGGCCGCGCCAGCUGCUCGACUACUACACGCGCCGGCACGACCGACCGCUGAGCGAUGUGGUGAAUCGCAACAACACGCACAACUUCGUGAAGGUGCUGUACGGGCGGGAAAGUGCGGGUCCGCUGACGCGCCGCCAGGCCAUCCCGACCUCCUUCUACUCGAAGCAAACGCUGCAGCGGCGCACCCUCGGCCACCUGUCCGCGGUGUACUGCGUCCUGUUUGAUCGCACCGGCAAGUACAUCAUCACAGCGGCGGAUGACUUUCUCGUGAAGCUGUGGUCGGCCAUCGACGGCCGCCUGCUGGCCACGUUCCGCGGUGCGUCCGCCGAAAUCACCGAUAUCGCGAUCAAUCUCGACAACACGAUGCUGGCGGCCGGUUCGCUGGAUCGGAUACUGCGCGUGUGGGAUCUGCAAUACGGCGGCCCCAUAGCGGUACUGGCCGGCCACACCGGCAUGAUAACGUCGGUCAACUUUUGCCCCUCGCCCAAGACGGACCUGCGCUUUCUGGUUACGACCAGCACGGACGGCUCGGUCGCCUUCUGGGAGUACACGACGCGCAACGGCAAGACGACGUUCUCGUCCAAGCCCACCUCCUACCACGAAAAGCUGCGCCCGGGUCAGGCACAGAUGAUCUGUGCCUCGUUCUCGCCCGGCGGCAUCUUCAUGGCGGCCGGCUCGGCCGAUCAUCACGUGCGCGUGUACCUGAUGUCGGAGGACGGGCCGAAGCGCAUCCUGGAGACGGAAUCGCACUCGGACACGGUCGAUUCGAUCCAGUGGGCCCACGGUGGGCUGAAGUUCAUCUCGGGCAGCAAGGACGGUACGGCGCUGGUGUGGCACUUCGAGUCGCAGCAGUGGAAAUCGAUCCGGCUGAACAUGGGCGACCGGCUGCUGACCUGUCCGCCCGUCAACCCGGACGACAACGUGAAGCUGAAGGUGACGAUGGUGUCGUGGGACAACACGGACAACUGGGUGAUAACGGCGGUGAACGAUUUCACGAUCAAGGUGUGGAAUGCGCAGACGGGCAAGCUGCACCGCGUGCUGCGCGGGCACACGAACGAGAUCUACGUGCUCGAGUCGCACCAGAAGGACUCGGGCGUGCUGCUGUCGGCCGGCCACGACGGCCAGCUGUUCAUCUGGGACAUUGUGCAGGGCGUUUCGAUGGCAAACUUCGUCAACCGCAUCGACGACCAUUGCGAGGGCGGCAUCUACGACGCGAAAUGGUCCCCGGACGGUAUGAUGAUUGCGGCGACGGAUUCGCACGGCCACAUACUGAUGUUCGGGUACGGGUCGGGGCACGAGAAGCUGAAGCAGCUACCACCGGAGCUGUUCUUCCACACGGACUACCGGCCGUUGAUACGCGACUCGGCGCUGCACGUAAUGGACGAGCAGACGCAAACGAUGCCUCACCUGAUGCCGCCUCCGUUUCUGGUCGAUAUUGAUGGCAAUCCGUAUCCACCGGCGCUACAGCGCUUGGUGCCGGGCAGGGAAAACUGUCCCACGGAUCAGCUCAUACCGAACAUCAGUGUCGGUGGUGAGGGCGCGGAGGUCCAGCAGCAACAGCAGCAGCAGCAGCUACAGCCGGCUAUUGGUGGCGGUGUUGGUGGUGCUCAGGCAGGCCCGCAGGAGCCCGCUGGUGGGGCAUACUCGAAUAUCGAUCGUAUGAUCGAAGCCCUGGCCAAUCGACGACAGGUCGAGGGAGGUGGAGCAGAUCGAGCGGCCCAGGGAGAAGAUCAACAGGCGCCCGAUUCGAACAAUGAUCGGGCACGUGGAGAGGACGCCGGUGGCGCUUUACAGCCCGCGAACAACGGUGGCAGACCGGGUAACAACGCGAAUCAACCCGCCGGCGGAAGGAAUGGGCAGCGUGGGUUCGGCUCCGCUGGCAAUUGGCACCGCACGGAGGAAGGCUUCAAGUUUCACCGGCGCCAGUACGUGCGGCCGAUGAGCUACUCGGCGAUGGUGAAUCUGAAGCAGCGCGUGUACGCGGCCGGAGUGCAGGAGCAGGAGGUGUAUCGGCGCGAGAUGCGCCGUCGCCCGGUCAUGAUCAACACUGCCAACAGUGCUUCCUCGUCCGGCGGUCCGUCCGGGCUGGGCGGUCGGCGAGCGGCUCGUGCCGGCGGUGGCGCCAACCGUUCGUUGCGCCGGGCCAACGGUGAGGGUGGAGCGAACGGAGCACGCCCAGCCUACCGGACGCGGGCUGUGCGCGAAAACGAACCCAUGCCCGAACCGGACGAAGACGAUGCGGCGGAAGAGCAGAACGAAUCGUCGUCAUCGGAGUCGAGCAACAGCGACUACUCCACCGCCAUCGAGGAGAAGCUUGACCUGUCCGGGAGCAGCUCGAGCGACACCCAAAGCUCGGACUACUCCGACUGGGUGUCGCACGAGCCGGGCCACAAUCUGGAACCCCCGAAGCGGUCGAAGCGGAAACACGUGCAACGCCGUGCCUAUUCGCCGCCCGAUCCCGACCAGCCCGGCCCGAGCCAUGCGACGCCGGGCACGAGCGGUACGGGCGGUGGCCGUCGUCGCUCGACUAAGGUGCGUAAGAUACCGCUGACGCGUGACGGUGAGAUACCGGAACAGUUCCGGCCGCCCGAAUGGCUGUCGGAGGUGAUUCCGCGCAAGGCGCCCUACUACCCGCAGAUGGGCGACGAGGUGGUGUACUUCCGGCAGGGCCACCAGCGCUACCUCGAGGCGGUGCGCACCAAGUCGGUGUACAACCUCGGCAACCGGUGCGAACCGUGGGCCGCGAUGGAGAUACAGGCGCACGAGCUGUGCAAGGUGAUCGGCAUCAAGUACGAGAUCCGACCGCCCCGGCUGUGCUGCCUGAAGCUGGCCAUCAUUACGGAGGACGGCGAGCUGACGGGGCGCUCGUUCGCCAUCAAGUACCACGAUAUGCCGGACGUGCUGGACUUUCUGGUGCUGAAGCAAACGUUCGACACGUCGGUCGGGCGCAGCUGGGGCCCGGGCGAUCGGUUCCGCUGCAUGAUCGAGGACGUGUGGUGGACCGGGCAGAUCGAAUCUCACAACCAGCUGUCGGCCGACUUCCCGGACUCGCUGUUUAUGUGCUUCCGGGUGCGCUGGGACAAUGGCGAGUACGAGCUGAUGAGCCCGUGGGAUCUCGAGCCGGUGGACGAAGCGCGCCAGCCGGAGGAGGUGGGCGGUGCGGUGCCGGUGCUGCCCGAGGAGCUGCAAGCCACACUGUACCAGCCAAAGCCCGAGGAAUGGCCCCGGGGCGAUCGGGAUGCGUCGUGCCGGCGCAUCAUCGCCGGGCUGGAGCAGGUGAUGGGGCUGGCGAUUGCGGAUCUCUUCCUUGCGCCGGUCGAUCUCAACAUCUAUCCCGAGUAUGCGUUCGUGGUGGAGUAUCCGAUCGAUCUGAACACGAUCAAGUCGCGGUUCGAGAACCAUUUCUACCGGCGCAUCACAUCGGCCCAGUUUGACGUGCGCUACCUGGCGACGAACGCGGAAAAGUUCAACGAAUCGCACAGUACGAUAGUGCGGAACGCUCGCAUCAUUACCGAUCUCUGCUUGCGCAUACUGAGUGAUCUCAAUGAAAUCGAUGUGCCAGCUGUGUAUCACCAACUGGUCGAUACAUACCUAUCGUCCGACUCGGAAACGGAGCGGCACAGGCCUGGCCCAUCGACAAGCUCGGCCGGAGCUGCUGGUCCAGCCGGAAGUGGUGUUUCCAACAAUCGACGAACGGGAUCGCGAAGAUCAAGACGACUGGUGCCGGAAGGGGAUUGGCGAGUGGACUGCCGGGAGCUGCUGGAGAUGAUUUGGCAGUGCGAUGAUUCGGAACCGUUCCGAGAGCCGGUCGACACCAUCGAGCAUCCGGACUAUCUGCAAAUUAUCGACACGCCGAUGGAUCUGCGCACGAUAAAGGAAGAUCUGCUCGGCGGCAACUACGAGUCGCCGUACGAUUUCUGCAAAGACAUGCGGCUCAUCUUUCAAAACUCGCGCAAUUACAACACAAACAAACGUUCGAGGAUCUACUCGAUGACCCUACGGUUGAGCACGCUGUUCGAGGCGCACAUAAAGGCUGUUAUCUACAACUGGAAAUCGGCCCGAAGGCGCAGUCGAGGCAGUGGCGGUGGCGGUGGAGGCAGCGGUAGAAACCACGAUCUUUCCACCACCGGCAGCAGCAAUGGGCUAGCAUCGUCCACGAAACGGCGCCGACGAGAUAGGCGGGACGAUGCGGUGGCGGGUCCGAGCAGCAGCCGAAGAGGCGGGGCAGCACUGAACAGCAGCUCCGGCAGUGGGAUGAACACGAGUGGCAGCUCGUCGCGUGCCACUGCCAGCCACGCAGCGGCACAUUCGGAUGACGACGACGAUGACGACGACGAUGAUGAUGACGAUGAGGAGGAGGAUCGCCGGGCGGCGAACCAUCGUGCCGGCAAGCGUACGCGCAAUGGCGGAAUGCUAGUAGCGUCCUCGUCUCGCCGUGGUCAUUCAACCGUGGCGGGUGGCUCGAACGGUGUGUCGUCAUCGUCGGCCGGUGGUGGAGCAGGUAACAGUAACAAUGUGAUAGACCCGUUGGCUAUUCCGGGUCCGAGUAGUAGCCGCGGCAGCCGGUCGGCCACCGGUGGCGGUGCGCGCAUGCUGACGCGACGCGGCCGUCGGUCGCAGGACGAAGAUGAUGAGGAGGACGAGGCGGCUGCGAGCAGCGAGGAGUCGGAUAUGAGCAGCAGCGACAACACGAGCAGCGAAUCGGACAGCGACGAUGACGACGAUGACGAUAGCACGGGCGUACCGGUUUCGCACCGGGCGGACUACGACUCCGGCGAGAUGUACGAUCCGUACAAGCGGCGCACCAAACGGUCGCCCCAGAAGCGGAAGCAGAAGAAACGCAACAAGAAGAAGGUGCACCGGAAGGCGGGCGGCAAGCGUGAUACGGUCAGCUCGACGACGAAACGAAAGCGCCCGGGUGUGCUGGACGACUCGCCGGAAGCGGGCAGCAGUGGUGGUGUUGUUCGGCGGCCAUCGGCAGCGGUGCGCGCAGCGCGUCAGGAUCUGUUCGGCACUUCCUCGCCGGCUGGUGGCGAAAGUGGUGGUGGUACACGGUCGCUUCGCAACGGUACCGUGUCGAGUGCUGCUACCUCCAACGCAGCAGGAGCCGAAGCAGGAUCGUCGAUGCAGAACGAUCACAGCAAGCCAAAGACAUCGUCGCUGGGCAGCAAGCGGCCGCGCCGGAGCACCCGCAACCAGAUGGACGACUCCAGCAACGACAAUGACGACGACGAUGAGGAGGAGGAGGAGAACGAAGAAAGCGAAGAGGAUGUGGCAAGGGGCGGCGAGGGUAGUGCGGUGGCAGCGCGCGAGAGUCGCUCCUAUCGGGGUGGACCGCCGGCGAAACGUAACCGCAGCCGGUACGAGUCCGAUCACAGCUACCACAAGGAGCGUCCCAAGACGGCGCGGAUCGUUUCGGAUUCGGAUAAUGAAGUUGGCGAACCGUCCCGUUCGACCAGGGGCAGUGUCCGGCGGGCACAGGCCGAGUGGGGCAAGAGCGAGGACAGUUUGGAAGAAAGGCACGACGACGAGGAUGACGACGACGAUGAUGAUGAUGAUGACGACAACGGUGCCGAGGAGAAGGUUGCAAGACGGGGUGGUACUGCAAAACUGCGUUCGGAAAAUGAGGAAGAGGAUGAAGCGGUUGCCGGCGGAUCGAGCACCCGUCGGACGGCGGCACCAUCGUCAUCGUCCGGCACCGGUCGACGGAUGCGGGCACGCAAGCUUCCGUCCGACCACGAGCAGAGCGCCGAGGAGACGAGCAACAUUAGCAAGCGCAGCUCGGCUACGCAGCGCGCUCAGCGAGCGACGGUCGGUCGAAAUCACCCAAACGCCUCGCAAGCUGCUUCGUCUAGCGGCACGCGCAACAGUUGGUACGCCAGCGAGAGUGACAACGACGGGAACCAUCACCCCGCAGCCGGGGGUGCAGCAACCGUGCCUGCCGCCUCGACUAGCUUUCAUUCGGUGCGCUCGUCACGUCGUAUGGUGAUGGAAAUGAACUCAUCCAGCACGAUAGUUACCGCCAACGGGACGGCGAGUGGUUCGUCGAUCGUACGAAGAACGAUAAGCGCUACCAGCAGCAGCAGUACGUCUGGCCGCCGGUUGCGUGGAAUGGAUGCGAAUCCGGCUAGUGGGACGGCUACUCCGCCACCACACACCGUGGAUCAUAACUACGGCGAGCAGCCGGGUCCAUCCGCUACGCCAGCGGCAACGAGCGGUUCUUCAGCAGGCAUUGCUGCCGGUGGCACGUCUAGUGCGGGACGGGGAGAGGCACUCGCUGCUGGCGUCCCGACCGUUGGUGGCGGUGUGAGUGCGUUGAGAAGAACGCGAACGCGCAGUACCGUGCUGUCCCGCCAUCAGCGCAAUCCGGACGAGCUCGAUCAGGGCGUGAUGUUGCCCGAGGCUCCGCAUCGCCCGGAGGCGCCCGCGGAUGGAAGCGAUGAGGACGAUAAUCAACCGCUAAGGGCAGCACCAUCAUCCGGCGUCAGAUCAUCACGGUCCACCACGGCACGCCAGUUACGAUCGCGCGCUGCCGGUGAUGGUGGUGAAGGCGGCGCUGGUGGUGGUGGUACACCGUUGAAGAGGAAAUCAACGCGCAUUUCGUCAUCGCACGAGGAAGACCUGCCGGAGGACGGUGCCGCCGACGCCGCCGGCGACAGUGAGGACAGUGAUGAUUCCGAUGACGAUAAUACGCCGCUGAAAAUGAUGGCGGGAUCGUCGUCUUCGCGCACGAGGAGUGGUCGCUCGCAGCCCCCAUCCGUUGCCGGUACGCCCAAGAAGAACGACAGCAGUACGGCGUCGUUCGGUAGCAGUCGGAUCGUGCCACAUCGGACGCGAAGAAAGGAACGGUACACGUCCGAUGAGGAGUAUGAGGCUCCCGGUCCGUCGAGCGGAAGGUCGACGCGCAAGAUGAAACGGCCCCGGUACAACGAAGAGUCGGAAGAGAAUGACGAAGAGGACGGGCGUCGUGGCGCGGGCAACAAUCACCAUUCACAUCAUCGAGCGCAGCGGCACACGAUGCGGCCCCGCCAGCGAGUGCUCAGGACUGCCCAGGAGGACGACAACGAGAACGAUGACGACGAGGACGAGCACGACGACGAGGAGGAUGACAUUGCACGGGCGCUGGCCAACAUUCGGCAACGAUCGCGCCGCACGAUUGCUUCCUCCUCCUCCUCCUCCGCGGCACAGCACGGCACAGACGGCGAUGCGGCCAACAACGGUAGUACCAAUAGUCAUAGUCAUAGGGUGGUGGACAACCUUCCUCACCACACCACAACACACCAGCAACAACCGUAUCAUCAUGCUACUCCUCCUCCUCCUUCUCGCCAUCAGUCAGCAGCCGGCAGCAGUCAGCAGCAGCGACGCGAUACCAUCGACGAAGCUGAGCGCAGUUUGGGCCGGCCAACUACUUCGCCACCGCACCACCGCAGCUGCAGCACUGGUGGUGGUCGUCCGCCGCGUAGUAGCAGCCACUAUCCGCAGCAGGCCGCAACGGAGGUGGCGACAGCAGCAGCAGCUGGGCCUUCAUCACGCUUUGCACGAGGACGGGGGGUCGGCCGGGGGCAUCGUAACAACAGCAGCGACGAGGACGAUGAGGAGCAGGAUAGCGCACAGGAGGAGGAUGGGGGGACGGAGAAUGGAGGGGCCGAUGACGCCACGACACUGCUCACCAGCGUCAGCAGCCGGGGCCGCGUACGGCGCAUCAAUCCGCGGGUGCGCAAGAUUUUCGGCGAAUAGUACUACGCCCUGGAUGGUUCCGCGUGGGAGGAGGGAACCAGCGACACUGCGAGCAGUUCCGGCAGCGAGCAAGACCUUUCAAUGUUUCUCGAUUCUAGCAGAACGCACCGGCAGCAGCAGCAGCAGCAGCAGCAGCAGCAGCUCCAACUUGGCCAGUUUUCCGACGAACAGUGUGUGGAGGAGCUGCUGCUGCACGAUGCGAACACCACUACCACCACCACCACGACGGUAAGCAGCCUCGAUGUGCAGGUGGACGACGUGGUGUACGACAUUGGUGGCGAGGUGAUGAUGUUCUCCGCCAGCAGCCCAUCCGGUGCAACGAUCGAGGAGCUAGAGUUUAUCCUUGGAACGUAAAAACAAUGUGCGCGCUGCAUCCAAGCAACAAGCGCGAAACCACAAUCCCUCACUUAUGGCGGGCAGGGUUUGUCGGUCGGUUGGAAAAACCGCUAUCCAUUAUUAAAGUCAUCGUUAGUCCGUUCGUCGAUGCAAGUAUCGCAAGGGAAAACGUUUAAGACUGAUUAUUAGAGAGCCAACGUGGUAAUCAAUUCGUUGCUGAUAACCCACACACACACUCGCACUCCCACGCACCAUCUUGCGUUUAGUUGGUGUUGUUGAGGUGUUUGCGCGAUCGGAUUAUAUUAGUUCGACCAGUUCAUUUUCCCCCCGUUUCACUCCCCCGGGGGUCUAUAUAUCUCAUCUGCUGCCAGAUUCGAUCAUUUACUGAUAGAACGAAGUUGUACACCACACUACUUUAUAAGCACACACACACACACACACACACACAGCCCGCUCUGCAGCAAGCCGCGUGAACAAAGUGACAGAUAAGAAAGAGAAGAAAAAACAGUAACAGUAGAGAAAGCGGAAGAAAAGGAUCGCGGGAAUAAUUUCUCAUAAUUUUGUACAAUAUACCUAAGCGCCCUACUAGAAAGAGAGCGAGAGAGAGAGAAAGAGAGAGAGAGCGAGAGAGAGAGAGAGAGAGAGUACAGUUAAUUUCCUUACAUAGCAUAGUAAUUUACCUAUCAAGGGAAUGUAACAGCGGAGUAGGCGGCGACGACACCACGGUUUGUAAAAAAAGAGGAAGGAAAGGAUGUGUAAAUGUAAUCGCCCCCCUUGUUGAUCGUCAUCAAUGCCGGAACGGAAUAUCAGUCGAUCAUUAUUAAUAUUUCCCCUUUGUCACCGCCGCAACUCUUUCUCUCUCUCUCUCUCUCUCUCUCUCACACUCUCUCUUGUGGUGCAACGUGACCGUAAAAUAGGUGGUGUGUGGACACCGAUCGUGCUUUUCGGUAUCAUCCUCUCCCGCUGGUUAAAAAUGUAGAGUUUAAGCGUAUUAAGAGUGUCUCUGUGUCGCGUAUUUUAGGAAACAAAAGUAACUACUAGAACCGAGAGAGGAGAUGUAAUGUGCUACAGAAAAGUAAUAAAAACGUGGAUAAAUAUAAAAGAA